AUGGACAAUGCCGCGACCAAUGGACACCUUGAGAUCGUCAAGUGGUUACAUUGGAAUACAAGAGCCGGGUGCCUGAGGGAUGCAAUGAAUAUGGCUGCUGGUCGUGGCGCGCUGAAUAUCGUGAAGAUUUUGCAUGAAUAUCGGGCGGAAGGCUGUACAGAGGAGGCACCGGUCAAGGCGGGGCUACACGGCCACUUGCACGUCGUGAAAUGGUUCCAUGUGCACCGACCUGGUGACUGUGGGGCCCUCCUGGUUAGCAAGGUGGCUUCAACAAAUAAUUUCGAGGUGUUCUUAUUUCUGGUGCACCAGCGCUGCGAAAAGCCCAAUGCUCUGGAAUUUGACAACCCAGAGAUGUAG